GCGGAAGGAGGCUCGAGUAACGCUAAACCUGCUUGUUGACUCAGUCUAAAGCCGGGAAAUGGGAACUAUUGUCCAACAGAUAUGACCAAGAAAGUUGCAGUCCUAAUCGGUCUCUCAACUCCAACCCCGGUGAACAGCCAUGCCAGGACGCAGGUUCGCGCCUGAAGCCUCGAUAGUCCUCAUCUCUCUCAGAGGGACGGGGCGAACGACCUUGGGGCUUCUGGCUGCGGCCUCGCUAGGCUUCCGCCUCAUCGAAACCGACACCAUCUUUCAAGAGGCAUUCGGCCUUUCAAGACGUGCAUAUAUAUCCAAGCACGGCCACAUCGAUUGCCGCUCGAAAGAAUUCAAGUUGCUGGAAGGCGUCCUUGCUCAAAAUCCAUCACAAGCAGUCAUAAUUUGCGGCCCAAUCUGUGUUGAUGAAUCAGGCCAGACUCUUCUCCGACGCUUUGCCAAAGACCAUCCCGUCAUCUACAUUCUCAGGGAUCCGGAAAGCAUAUCCCACCAUCUAAAAUGUUCCUCGGAGGCUGUCUCUGCCAUAAUCGAGGCCGGAAAUCCCACUUUUCGAUCUAUAUCCAGCUUCGAGUUCUUCAACCUUGCCAGCCCUCAGCCGGGCCAGCGUCAGGAUGGGCGUGAGCAUAGUCUUGCUGUACAAAGGCCAACAUUAGCCUUGAAGGAAGUUCAGAAAGACUUUCUGCACUUGGCCUAUAGCAUUCAGGGCCACGCAGCCGCCCGGACGGCCCAGGCUCGCACGCCUACUGCUUUCGCAAGCCUCGAAAGGAAGCUGUACACUUACGCCCUCCAGUUGCCGCUGGAGCAGGUGCCUCAGAUGGCCCCAGUUCUGCGCCAAGAAGAUUGUCUCGUUGACGCAGUCGAGCUAAGGGUUGACUUGUCGACCUUUUUUGGAAAGUCUUUGGCUUUUGACCACGCUGCGGCUAGCUACAUCACCAAAUCUUUCUGGACGAUUCGGAAUGCCUCCAGGUUACCUUUGAUCUUUCACAUCACCCACCCCUCGGGCUUUCCCCAGGUAUCAUGCGGUAUUUCUUAUGAGAAUGCAGUGGAGCUGUACAGGCAGGCCACGCAUUUCGCCUUACGUUUCCUGCCUGAAUACUUGACUGUGGACCUUGGUCUCGGCAAUGCGCUCGUCGAGGACAUAGUCUCAGCCAAGGGGCAUACGAAAAUCAUCGGCGAUUAUUUUGACAACAAAAUCGAUAACUCCGGCUGGAGGAGCCAGCACCGCAUGUCAUUUGUUGUUCGAGCUCAAGAUCUCGGGUGUGAUCUUGUGCGCAUCAGCCAACCAGCCCUGUCUGAGGCUGACAACCUCGAGGCACAAAGGUUCCUCAAGACCGUCACAGAGUCCAGAGGCAGGCGAAUUCCUGUCAUCGCAUACAAUACUGGCCAUAUUGGCCGCCAAUCUCGAGUUCUUAAUCCAAUAUUAUCACCUGUCGUCAGCACCCUACGCAUCAGGUCGUCAACCCAACAAAUGUCAGAUGAGGGGCUUUUCACUGUUCAGGAAGCGCAAAAGAUCCUGUAUUCUUCCUUCACACUAGAACCUAAGCGCUUUGGGAUAUUUGGUCAAGGGGUUUUUUCAAGUCUCUCUCCAGUAAUGCAAGGUGCCGCUUUUCAAUAUUCAUCCAUGCCGCACACAUAUCAGGCUUUCGAUUCGUCGUCCCUUCAGGACCUGGCUCUCUUUAUCAAGAGUCCGACUUUCGGCGGUGCGAGCAUUACGUCUCCCUUCAAACAAGAGAUCAUACCAUUGAUUGACAUUCUAAGCCCCGACGCCCAGGCGAUCGGUGCUGUGAACACAGUCAUACCGCUGCGGAGUGUUGGCGAUAACGCUCUGCUAGACCGGACUUCGACAGGACCAGUGCUGGCUCUUUACGGCGAGAAUACAGACUGGAUUGGAGUCCACACCACGGUCCGCCGGAACCUGUCUCCCGUCAAUGCCGUCAAGCAUCGGACAUCUGCCCUCGUGCUAGGCGCGGGCGGCAUGGCCCACGCGAGUGUGUACAGCCUGAUACGUCUUGGAGUUCAAAACAUAUGGAUAUGGAGUCGCACCCUGGCAAAUUCCAAGGCUCUGGCUGCCAGGUAUAAUGGGAAGCGAUACUCCAUCCCAAGACCGGAGCUAGUAGCUAUGGAUGCGCCUGAGGAACGACAAGAAGAUGAUUAUUUUGGCCCGGCGAACGUCCGGGUGGUUGAGAACCUGGAAGAGGACUGGCAAGCCCUUACGGCGUUACCUACCAUAAUAGUAUCAUGCAUACCCUCUCCACAAAUCGAGAUCCCUUCUUCAUGGUUGGGAAGCAAGACCGGGGGAGUAGUCGUUGAGCUAGCAUAUGACCGCCUCGAGACGACUCUGUUGAAGCAAGUGCGCGAACUAGGAAGGCCUGAGUGGAUUAGAGUCCACGGCUUGCAUGUGCUUCCCGAACAGGGGAUUUCUCAAUUUGAGCUUUUUACUGGCCGCAAGGCACCGGAGAAGCUGAUGCGCGCCGAUAUGCUGCGCGAAUUCAAAAGGAUGCACCUGAGACGCGGCCAAACGUCGUAAUUCUCUUUGGCCACGAUCAUCAGCCUCCCAGAGCCUGUGCUGAGAACUUUUCAAUUGGCCGUUUGCAGAUACCGGCACAUAAUCAAAUGACUACGUUUCGAAGGUGUGGGGUGGAAUUCUUUGGGUGUAU